AGCGAGGAUAAUCAGUAUCACCCUUUUCUCGAUGAAGGUGACUACAAGGUAGCUCGGUGGGCAAUUGAGCAAGGGCCAAAUCAAAACGCCCUCACAGAUUUUUUGUCCAUUGACGAGGUAAGUGCGCUGCAUAAACUUGGACUAUCCUAUGAGAAUGCUCGUGCUCUUCACCAAAAAAUUGAUCACAAACUCCCUGGUGUUACUCCGUGGCGACGCAGUGUUAUUCAGAUAUCAGGCAUCAACGAAGAAUUCAAAUUAUUCAUGCGAGAUCCUGUCAAAUCUAUCAAAGAACUGUGGGCUAACCCCGCCUAUCUUGAGCACCUUACCUAUGCGCCCGAACACCGCUUUGCAGAUGAAGGGAAAUCUGAAUGCAUUUAUGAUGAGUUCGUUCAUGAGUGGUGA